CCGAACGGUUGCCGUGGCGACGCGUUGCGUUGGGCCUCCGGAUAGUCUCUGAGUGCCGCCAUGGCCAGCGCUCCACAGCGCCUGUCCCGGCCUGCCGCGUGCAGCUCGCGGUCGCCCGAGCGGCCGCUGCAGGUGAAGGUGGUGGGGCUCUUCAAAAGCUCCAGCUUUCAGGUCGCGAAGAGCACGGCUGAGAGUCUGAAGAAUACUUAUCCAUCCAAAUUUGAAGACCCUAUAAUAGUUCCUCUUCAAGAAUUCGCAUGGGAUCAAUAUCUACAGGAGAGAAAAAGGGAGCUCAGGGGUGAAACCUGGGAGUACUCUUCCAAUGUGAUGUGUUUUGUCAGUGACCAGCUCCUGGGGGAUGCACUUGAUCUGCAGAGAUGGGCCCAGAAGGUGUGGGACAUUGUCGAUGUGAAGCCUCCGGCACUGUAUGAGGCCCUUACUGUGGAUUAUUCCACUAAAUUCUUAAGAGACACCAAGCAUGAUUUUGUGUUCUUGGACGUUGGUAUUGAUUUUUCUCCAAUUGGAAGAUUGAUUUUUGAGCUGUAUUGUGAUACAUGUCCCAAAACAUGUACAAAUUUUCAGACCUUGUGUACAGGAAAAGCAGGGUUUUCCGAAAGAGGAGUAAGGCUACAUUACAAAGGGUCGAUUUUUCAUCGAGUAGUACAGAAUGGUUGGAUACAAGGAGGAGAUAUAGUCGCUGGAAAAGGAAAUGAUGGGGAGUCUAUCUAUGGACCAACAUUUGAAGAUGAAAACUUUUCAGUUCCUCAUAAUAAAAGAGGAGUUCUUGGAAUGGUCAACAAAGGCUGUCACAGCAACGGGUCGCAGUUCUAUGUCACACUACAAGCAGCUCCCUAUCUAGAUAGGAAGUACGUGGCAUUUGGGUACGUACUCGGUGAGAAGAAAGUUGACUGGUUGGGAGACCUGGAAAACAUUCCUGAGGAAAUGAGGACCGAGCUGAAAGCUGAAGAAAGGCCCAUUGGUGAGCAGGCAAAGGGGAGGGAGCAAGAGAAAGGGGCCGCUGUGGCAGGAAGGAAGCACAGGGCUCUCUGUGUACUGACAGACAGACAGCCAUUUGGAGAAGAGAGUGACUGGGAGCUGGUGACAGGACACCCCUAAGGGGCGGUAGGAGCCGUGCAGACCCUUGUAGGCCAUGGUGGACAGUUUGGGUCUUUACUACACAUGUAGAGCAGGGAGGUGAUAUCUAAAAGCUCCAUGGGACUGCAGUGGCAAGGAGUGGGACAGGUGCCAGAGCAGUUGAGAGGAGCCAGCCCAGCCCAGAGCUGCUGCAGUAGGCAGCCUCCGGGCAGGAAGGGACGGCAGCCUGGAUGGCAGCACUGGGUGCAGAUGAGAUAAAGUGGGCACACCCAGAGCUAAGACCCAAAGCACUGGUGACUGAAGUUAACCACAUGUGUAAGUAAUAGCCUCGGUUUUUGGGGAGUGGAAGAUAAAUAUGGAAACUGAUGACUGACCAUAUUUUUUGCUUUUCCUCCUAUGUAGGCAAUUGAUUGAAGGAACAGAAGUUCUUAAACAACUAGAAUUAAUCCCAACAGAGAAUGAAAGACCAGUAAAAACAUGUAGCAUUAUGGACAGU